AUGAAGAAGGUGAUCCUCGUGAUCGAGCAAACUCGAGAAACUGGGCAGUUCGGCAUCAGGAAGUGGGAUGCUAUAGAACGUAGUGGUGGAGCUGCGGAAUGUGAGCCUAGUUGCUGCAGGGGAUGGAGUUCAAAUUGCAGUGAUUUUCUGGAAUCUAAGGGAUGCUUUGCUAACACGACAUCCUCUGGCAGAAAGAUCGGCCCCUCAUCUUCUGUUGAAAUAUGUCUUAGUGUGAGUGAGCCUCCAGGCCUCUGCAAAGUGUCUGUUCACCUAGACCUGGCUGCAGAUUUGGGUCUGAAAUCCUCCUCCUCACAUUCUGAUCACUCCUCUGAAACCUCAUUGCCUGACGUCCCAAAGCAUAAAUAUCCUGAGGAGUUCAGCCUGCUUAAAUUGCAGACAAAAGAUGGGCAGCGUCCCGAAUGGACAUUUUACCCGAGGUUUAGCAGCAAUAUCCACACCUACCAUGUUGGAAAGCAGUGUUUCUUCAAUGGGGUCUUCCUCGGCAACAGGAGGUCUCUGUCAGAGAGAAGGGUGGACAAGUGCUUUGGGAGGAAGAAAUACGAUAUUGAUCCUAGGAAUGGAAUACCAAAGUUAACUCCAGGAGAUAAUCCAUAUAUGUACCCAGAACAGAGUAAAGACUUCCACAAAGCAGGAUCAACUCUCCCACCAGUGAAUUUCUCCAUAGUGCCUUAUGAAAAGAAAUACGAUACUUUUAUUCCACUUGAGCCUCUUCCACAAAUUCCUACCUUGCCUUUCUGGGUGAAGGAGAAGGCCAACAAGCUGCAGAAUGAGAUAAGAGAGGUUGAGGACCUUGACAAUUGGCAACCAGCAUCCCCCUUGAUGCACGGUUUACUCCUUCCUGGUGGGUUAAAGAACCCUCAAAGAAUAGUAUAAAAACUGGAGGCAAGCACAGAAGAGCAGGCUUUUGAGAGGCUUCGCAGUGGAGAGGAGAGAAGACAAAGCCUCUCCCGGAGUGGAUGGUGUCCUUUGCCCCAACGUGGUUCCUUGGGCCUAUGUCACGGCCACGCAUUGCUGGUUGAGUAUGUUGGUUGAGCACUGUUAGUCUUGUAACAGAGCACAGCCUUUAACUCCGUGCCUCUAUCCACAGGUUCUUUGGAUUCUGCAAGACGAUCCUGAACAGACACAGGCCCAUAGAGCAUGUACUGACUGUAGUCUGGAGAGCCUCUUUCAAUUGAUUGCUUCUGUCAGUGUGACUGCUCUAAAUCAAAUGUUUGCCUUUGAUGAGUAAUCACUGUGCUUUGCUCUUUUUAACUUUAUAUUUUGAAAAACUUUCAAACUUUACAGAAAAGUCAUGAGACUCAUACAAUGAACAAAUACCUACGUAUCCUUCACCCAGAAUCUACAAUUGUUAACAUUUGUCAAACUUUGUGCAUUCUUUCUCUCUCUUUCAUUACUCUUAUUAUUUUGUGGAAUUAUUUGAGAGUGAGUGGCCGACAUCAUAACCCUUUACUCCUACAUGCUAUAUACUUCAGAAUGUAUCUCCUAAGGUCAGGGAUCUUCUCCAACAGUUGCAAUACAAAUAUUGAAUUCAGGGAAGUUAACAUUGAUGCAGUUCUACUGGUAGAUAGCCCACCUUCAGUUUUACUCAGUUAAAUUUACUUUUCGAAAGAUGCUCUCAAAUCAAUGGUAAAAUGCAGACACAGAGCUUUCAUUAAUUUGGUAAAAUUGUUCUCAUUUUAUUAAUACUAUUUGAGAUUUUCUCUACUAUUCACUUGGUACGUGUUGGAAAAAUGUGAAGGCUAGAUCUGCACAGGUAAUUCAUACCAUCCUCCUGCAACUCCAUUCCCCAUUUCUGUAGCAUUUGUCCACCCAGCCAUG